GGUCCUGGACAGGUGUGGGGGGUCCCCAGCCCGCACCCGGAGCCGCCCUUCCCGCAGGGCUGUCCCUGCCCUUCGCUUGAAGCCAUCGCGCCCCCCGUGUGCCCGGACUGAUUCGGGGGGUGACAGCCGGUGUGGUACCGGGGGGCUCGGCCGGGCCCUGCCUGCGGGUCUCCUCCUCCGGAGCUGGUGAGGUGCUGCCGGAGAAGCCCGGAGGAGGGACGGGUCGGCCCGGGAGCAGCGUGGCAGCCCCGCUAUCGUGGGCUGCCCAUCUCCGAUGUGCGAUGUCAGGGUGGCACCUGGAGCGCAUUUCAGGUUCUGGGGGCGUUAAUGCCCUGGCAAAACUCAGACCCAAAUACAGAAGUGACCCAGUCACUGCCUCCCUACCUGCUCAGCUCUCUGACAGCUGUCCCCAUUUAUAUCCUACACUCCUCAAAGCAGCCGUCCCAAGCAGUUUGUUUUCGCUUUUAUUUUGGUGGAGCAAGUCAUGGAUUUACAUUAUCUGAGGACCUUUUGUACCUUCAUUUGUUUUUCAGAAUUAGCAACCUGUUUUUUUUCCUGCAGAGAGGGCGUGUCAGUCAGAUAAAACCACGUGUUCCUGUGGGACUUUAAACUUCCAAUCAUGUCUGAGAAAGGCAGUGGUGAAAAUCUGAAAGAAGAAACCCCUCAUGAGGAAGAAAAUGAACAGAAAGCAGAGGAACUUGGCUGCUCUGAGAGCAAUGAAGAGAGAGAGAAAGAGCUUGAGCCUGUGCCUGUGACUCGGAAAAGACCUGAGCCCAAGCCUCCAAGCCAGCCUGAUGCCACAGAAAAGCCCACAGCUGAAACCACCAAGGUCUCAGAUUCUCCUGCAGUUCAGACAGGGUGGGGCUACUGGGGAAGUUGGGGGAAAUCUCUCCUGUCAACUGCAUCUGCUACUGUAGCUACUGUAGGUCAGGGUAUUUCAAAUGUCAUAGAAAAAGCAGAAACAACCCUUGGGAUCCCCAGUCCUAGUGAAAUCUCUUCAGAGUCUGGAAAUACUACAAGAGGAAGUGAGAAUCCUGGUGCAGCUGAUGAUGGCAGCUCCUUUCCUAUUGCUGGGGCUCUUGAAGUUUUAUCAACCAUCUCUACUGCUGUCCAAAGCACAGGAAAAACUGUUAUUAGUGGAGGUCUGGAUGCCUUGGAAUUCAUUGGAAAAAAGACAAUGGAUGUAAUAGCUGAGGGAGACCCUGGAUUCAAAAAAACAAAGGGCCUAAUAAACAGAACCUCUACGUUAUCUCAGGUCUUACGAGAGGCAAAGGAGAAAGAAGAGCAGCAGACAGCUACCGAGGUUACCAUGGCUACGGAGAAGAAAGCCCAUUAUGGGUUACUGUUUGAUGAGUUUCAGGGUCUUUCGCAUCUGGAGGCCUUAGAGAUGCUUUCCAGAGAGAGUGAAUCAAAGGUGAAAUCGGUUCUAAAUGCCCUCUCUGGAGAGGAGUUGGACACACUGAAGGAGGAAAUGGAACAACUCAAAGAAGCAUUUUCUUUACCUGAAUUCUUUGAAGAAGAAGAGGAAGAAAAGAAGGGAGAUGGGGAGUUCACAAAAGAAGUUACAGAGUUGUUUUCAGAAUUGCACAUCUCCUCUAAGCCAGACAAACUGAUAAUGGUGAGGACAUCUGCUCAUGAAUGGAUAGCACAAUUCAACAGUAGUCUUCCUAAAGAAGAAAAAGAGAAUGAAGAAAACCAAGAAACAGAACCCAGAGAUGAUGACCGGGAUGCUAAAAAAUCAGUAGAGGAUAUUCAUGCAUUUGCCAUAAGAAGCCUGGCAGAACUGACAGCCUGCUCCAUUGAAAUGUUUCACAAAACUGCAGCUUUGUUUCUGUAUGGUCAGAAACAGGAGGUGACAGCCACAGACAGAGCCAAGUCCCUCUCACAAAUGACAAUCAUGCUGUGUAAAGAACUGUCAGCUUUCUCUAAAGAGUUUACAACAUGCUUAACAACGGCAGGGGUCAAAGAGAAAGCAGAUGUGCUUAAUCCCUUAAUCACUGGAGUGUUUUUGGAGGCUUCAAACAGUGCUUCCUAUAUCCAAGAUGCCUUCCAGCUCUUGCUGCCUGUACUGCAGAUCUCUCUUAUCGAGGCUAGAACGGAACUAUCACAGUAAUAAAAAUCCUUCUAAUUAAGAACUUUUUGACCUUCCCACUUCGUAGUUUCCAUGCUGGAGAAUGAUGUAAUGGCUCUUAUUAAAGGGAAAAAGAUGAACUCUGUUCGCUGCUGCAAGAAUGGUGAUUAAGUGCAGUCUGGCAGUGACAGCUCUUACAGCACACUGGGAGAUGUGAUUAGCAUAGUCCAGGCUGGUGGACAACGUGACAGACUUAAAGUGCAGAUUGCUUCUCUGUUUUCAUGGACCGUCUGUAUCUUUGCACUGAAACCUCUCUGCUGUAUGUGUUAACAAGCUCUUUGUCUUCACAGUCCAGAGAGCUUCUCCAGUGCUGGAGAAAAGAGUAGCAGCUGGCUAGUUAGAGUUAGCUAAAAUCAUGGUGUGAUUUUUAAGUCAGACAUAAUUAGGUUCCUGAUAGCUCUGCGCUGGUGUUAAAGUGAAUAUUGGUUAGGAGGUGCAAGAAAAGGCAAAUAUAUAUGAUUAUGAACCUUGCAGCUCCUAUGCUGGAAAGAAUAGAGCAGAGAGGAUUCCUAAUCAAGCUGUUGUUGCUGAAGAGAAGCCCCGGCUUCCUGAAGAUGUCUGUACUGACUCAGGGAUGUGGCACAGAGACUCUCACCAGGGUGCUGUUUCUCAUUCUCUCACAGACUGCUUGCUUCAGCAAGAGCUGGGAAAAUGCUGAUCUGGCCCUCAGAAUGCAGGUACUUGGCUUUAUAGCAAUAAAUGAGAACUGGCUAAGAGGGUUUGAUUUGUGUUUGGGCAAUUUAAUGAGAGAAUUUAGCAGGAGGAUUCCCCUUCUUCAGUGCAGCUUGACAUGUCAGCCACAAACUGUUCACAAACUCACAUACUGCUUUUCUUCUGUUUCUGUAUAAAAACACUAUAAUGCAAUGAUCCUUCUUGGAAGGUAUAUUAAAGUAGGGAGAGAGGAAGCAAUUUGGUUCUGUUGGUGGGAGUCCUAAUUUGUCUCAGAAGCUGCUCCACAUACGGUAUCUGUUUCUUUGUGCUGUGCAAGUUCCCUGCUUUGUUCCUUUUUCCAAUUUCUGUCUUUUGAGCCUACCAAUGGGGAGGGAGCAGCCUCUGUUGGAUUCACAGGAGCAGAAAUGCACAGCUAAAAUGGAAUUUCAAGAAGUCCAUAAUAGCUAACCAGAGGUGACUGAGUGUCACACCUGCCUCUGCACUUGCUCAUUGGGAACAAUGAUGCUCAAAUCCCCUUUUGAAAAUCCUGUGGGUUUUAGCAGGUCUUGCACAUCUCUGCUAUACUGGAGGCUUAGCAUUCCUCUGCUCUAUUUGUGCAGUAGAGAAAUGGUUUUUAUUAUUAGAAUACCUUUUGGCUGAUCCUCUGAUUUUAUAUAUAUGGAAAAAGCCUUGCCUUAGUCAUGGUUAGACCUAUCAGAUCUCUAAAGAGAGAGGGGGUAUUCGCAUCUUAAGGAAAACUGGACUUGAAAGGAGUGUGUCUGGGGUAAAAAAAUCUGCACUACAAUAAACUCUGUAUUUUUUUCUUCUUUUGGUUGAUAGCAUUAUUAAAUAAAGGAUUUGUUUUGACAA